CAAAAUAGAACUUCUCACACCUACUACCUCUACAUACCUACCAUAGUACCUGCUCUUCCAUUGAACCGACUUGGCUGAGGCAUUUGUGAGAAUACCUACCUAACCUAGUACUAUGUGAAGUGUACAUAUUCACAAGAAGCGUGCGGGUCUUGCGUACUACAUACAUGUAGUUAUGUAAAUGGUACUAGGUACCUGGUACUGCCAGGUACCUAUGUACUCUACCGAGGUUUCAAUCUGCAGUUGCUUCUGACGUUACUCGGCUCUGUCUCUCUUUGCCGAAAUGCAAUACCAAAAAUAUUACAUAGUGCAUACCUAAGUCAAGAACCUGGGCGCAAGAAGAAGAAAAGAAAAGAAAAAGGGUACAAAAGAUAUUGUACAUUGGCGCUACAGGAAUAACUCCGAGCUUCGAGCAAAACGACCGUCUACACUCAACCUGAAAGCUGACUUUCCCGGUUACCUGUUGAGGUCCAGCAGAGAAUACCUAGCAGCAGAAGGAACAAGCAAGUUCUCCCUCAAGCUAGGCCAGCCAGAAAACCACCAAUAUGGCCCCCAAUGAGCAGCAGCACACAGGCAUUAACGAGAAGCUGCAUGCAUCGUUGCCUGCCCCAGUCGCCAACCACCUACCACACAUCCCGGAGACCAAAGAUGAGCUGAAGGCUGAGCUGAAGGCCGAGGCCAAGGCCGCUACCAGCAGCUUCGCGUCUCAAAUACGGUCUUUUGUCGCCGGCGGCUUCGGCGGUGUCUGUGCUGUCAUUGUCGGCCACCCUUUCGAUCUCGUCAAGGUUCGCCUGCAGACUUCGGACAAGGGCGUCUACUCUUCGGCAAUGGAUGUCGUGAGGAAAAGUGUUGCGAAGGACGGCCUACGGAGGGGUCUAUAUGCCGGGGUCAGCGCGCCCUUACUCGGCGUCACGCCUAUGUUCGCCGUAUCAUUCUGGGGUUAUGACCUCGGGAAACAACUCGUGACCUCGGUGUCCCCCCCGUCCCCCACAGGGUCCCUCUCUAUCGCGCAGGUCACCCUUGCCGGUGCUUUCAGCGCGUUUCCUCAAACUCUUAUCACCGCUCCCGUUGAGCGUGUCAAGGUUAUCCUACAGGUCCAGAGUCAGCGACUGAAGCCUGGCGAGGAGCCCAAGUACAAAGGCAGUUACGACGCCGCACGCCAACUACUCAAAGAGGGCGGCCCGCGCUCCCUAUUCCGUGGCAGCGCUGCCACACUUGCCCGCGAUGCCCCUGGCUCAGCCUUGUAUUUCGCCACCUACGAGUACAUUAAGCGCAAACUGACGCCUCUCGACCCGGUCACGGGCAAGCCCAAGGGAGACAUGAGCCUGCUCGCGAUCACGGCGGCGGGCGGCGCCGCCGGAGUGGCCAUGUGGAUCCCCGUGUUCCCCAUCGACACCGUCAAGAGCCGCCUGCAGACGUCCGAGACCAAGAUGAGCGUCAGCAGCGUGUUCCGCGAGGUGUACGGCCGAGGCGGCUUCAAGGCUUUCUUCCCUGGGUUCGGGCCGGCUCUCGCGAGGGCGGUGCCCGCUAAUGCCGCGACGUUCCUGGGCGUGGAGCUGGCGCACCAGGCUAUGAAUAAGUUCUUCAGUUAAGCAUACCUAGCCUGGAAUGGAAAGCUUUCGCCAAAACCAUCAUUAUCAUCACAGGCGACGCUAGUCCAACUACUUUGAUCGAGGUGGAUGGAUCGCAAAGCUCCGAUACCUAAUUAAAGGCUACAAGAGUCGUGGUGGAGCUGAGGACGGACGACGGACCAAUAAAUAGAUCGAUCGUCGAUCGAUGAAGAGGGUUGAAGGAGAAUGAGGAAAUAAGCCUCCAUCUCUCUCUCUCUCAGCAUACCUACCUGGCCUUUAGAGAACGAACCAUACACACACAAACAACGAAGGAGCUAGAUAGAGUCGGGCGGGCAUAACUAUGUCCUAGUCUAGAAUUUAUUGUGCAAGCACAGCAAGCAGGCGUGGAGGGGAUUUGCAUACCCCCCUUUUUUUUUUUUUAAAAAAAGGCGUUUCAGAAGAAGAGGAUAUGAUGUGAUAUGGCAUGACAUGAGGCCAUUUCAUUCAUGUUCAUUGACGUUGAUGAAGUUCUAGAAACUAGAUAGAUCAUCUUACAAGCAACAGAGAAAGAGAAGAGAGAGUACCUACCUACCUACCUACCUACCUACC